AUGUCGUCAUCGCCUGUUGAGAUUCCAGUCCCUCGUGGCUACCAAACUCUAUCUAAUCCAACUCCGAUCGACGAUACCUCCUUCAUGCAGACUGGGAUCCGUUAUUACCCCAAGCGCGACGAUUGGAGCCCGCUCUUCGUGCCUAGUCCUGAGGUGACUUGA